AUGCUGACCAUCUCGCUACAUCUCACAUUUAUCGUCACCAUGUUUGCUCGCUAUAAGCUCGUAUCGUCAAGCGACAGCGCUUCGGAACAUAGUCCGGAUCCCGACUCGACACGCGGACGAUUCUACCGAACUAUAGCACUAACAGUGCUUACAAUCGCCAAUGUCUGUGUACUAGGCUUGUCCAUUGCUAUCUGGUACACCACACCUACCAGCCUUGCUUCGCCCAACGCCCCCGAUGCACAACCCAUUGAACUUGCUAGAGUAGAGUCGCUUCCCAUCGAUUUCGUUCCUUUCUAUUGGAAUACGCCAUGGGGUGCACCUAACGCCUCGGAAGCUGAUCCGCUGUGGGACAACAUCAACACUGCACACGGUCAUAUCGCAGUGGACCAUGAGUUCGCGGCAGAGAACCAUCGUAUUGUUCGCGCCGCAUAUUUAACUCUAAAGCGCCGAGAGCUCCCUAUCUUCCCUUCGGAUCACGUCUUGCAUUGCUUUGACGCCCUCCGCCAGCACAUCAUGUGCCACGCGGACAACACUCCGCUCUAUGGUCAUGGCCAUGGGACAGCUGGUGACGGACAACUACACCAAUGCCGGGAUUGGAACGCGCUUAGGGAUUAUGCAACAAAGAAUACAGCGUGCUUUCGCGAUGGCGAGCCUGGUAUGAGUUUUGAAGACCGGUUUGGGGUGUGUGAUGACGGAACAGAUGGCUUAGAGGAGCGUGUGCCAGUACUGGCAGUCUCAUAA